AUGGCGGCUGCCGAUCAAAAAAAUCUCCCGCCGUUGCCGAUCCAGGAUGGUAGAAGUUCUAUAAAAGCAGAAAACGCAUUUUCUGCCGAGACAUACAUUCAACUCUUAGAAGAUGAGAACGAGCAACUCAGACUAAGGAACAAAGAGCUGUCUCAAGAAGUGAAAGCGCUUGUAACACAAAUCCAGGCGGAGAAAGGAAAUAGAAAGUUACUCAUGGAGGAUAUCCAGAAGCAUGAUCAAGAGCUAGAACAGCGUGAUAAUAUUGUAUCUGGUAUGGCCAAUGUCAUUGUACAGGAAUUUCAACGUUACAAGGAGAUCCUCGAGUCCGCGAAAAAGGAGAAGGAGGAGAUAACUAUUGGCUAUAGCUAUUUUGAGAGCGCUUCGCCGAUCUAG